GGUGCGGCUCGCCGGACCGGGCGGGGCUGAGUGGCGGGCGAGCCGCGCUCCGUAAGCGGAGCGUCGCCGGGCUGCGGAGAGCCGAGCAUGUUCGCUCCGAGAGCGGAGCCCGCACGAGCGCUGGCCCGCCCUCCCUGCCCCGCUGCCGCGGCCAGGCCAAGCGGGGCGGAGGUCUCCCGCGUUGUCCCCUGCCCCCGUUGACCCCGCUGCGGGAGCCUCAGAGGGCACCACCGCCACGGCCCAAGCAUUCGAAGAAGCCCCUCUCCUCCAAGGUGGAGCUGCGGGGACAAAUCUCACUUUCAUCAGCACUGUUGGAAGAAGAAAAAAUGCCAGUCCUGUCUCCGGAAAUCAAAUUUGAUACUUCCAAUGUUACCAGAAAUUCCUUUGACAGUUGUUUUCUUUUUGAGAGUAGUUGGAGGAAAGCAGUUUUAGAAACACAAAAGAUGAAGAAAGAAUACACCUUUGGUCUAGAAGAGUUCAAAGAAUGUGUCAAGAUGCCGUAUUUACCAGGACUGCAGAGUUGCCCAAAAAGUGUAAGUUCAACUCCACUGGAAGUUCGUCAGAGACUGCGGCAGGCUGACCCCGAGAUGUGUCCAGUCAGCCAGUCUAGUGAGAACAUGUCGAGUUGCAUGCAAGUGCUUUAUUCUCCUCUGCAUAUUGCACAGUGCCCCGUGAACGAAAAGCCGUGGCAUAGCAGGGAAGUAACACAUUUUUGUUUGUCUUGUGUACAACCCUUUCCCACCUUUUUUCCUUCCAUAUGUGAACAUUUGUUUUUAAAAUGCUGAUUUUUUUUUUAAUUUUUAAAGAUUUUGUAUCUAUUUAUUUGACAGAGAGAGAGCACAAGCAUGAGGAGUGGCAGGGAAAGGGAGAGGGAGAAACAGGCUCCCCACAAAGCAGAGGGAAUUCAAUGUGGGGCUGGCUUCCAGGAACCUGGGAUCAUGACCUGAGCUGAAAAUAGACACUGAACCAACUGAGCCACCCAGGCACCCCUCAAAUUUCUUUAAUUAUAAUCAUACACUUUAAAUGACUCUCAAGGCACACUCUGGUAAUGUAACUGAUAGUAGUAAUCCUAGAGGUGAAGGGCAUUUAAAAGUUUUGGCUGACUUCUAAAGUUUAAUAUAGUUACAGGAAAUUUGCAGUUCUUAUGGAUUAUCUCACCUACGGCAGGUUCGGUGGUGACAUACUUCCUCUAAUAACCCACUUGUUAUGUAGGUCUCUUCCCAGUAGGAACAAAAGUUAAUUAAGAUAAAAUACAGAUUGUGGUGAUUAACAAAUAAAAGGUACACAAAUAAGCAAUAGUUAGUAUCAGCCUGUCUACAUCCCUUUUUAAUUUAAUCUUGAUUCCCUUCCUCUUAGCAUUCCCUGAAUUAUACCUGGAGAAAGUUAAGAUAAAGAUAAAUAUGGGGGAAAUUAGGCAUUACACUUAUCUCCAGGUAAAAUUUAUUAGCAAAACCUAAGAUGUUGAGUUGUUCCUAUCUGCUUCUGAUUGGAUCAGUCAUGGUGGAAUGAGUUCACUUUCUUUAAUGUUUAUUUACUUUCCAUGUGAUGUCCUUCGCGAAGUGAGUUUUGCUGAAGGCAGCUUCUUGUCUCUUAUUGUAUUUUAUAAUUAAUCUCUCCUGGAUUUACAUAAAGGUGAUUUUAUGAUAAUAU